AUGCCAGAGAUCAGCAAAAGCUUUUCUAAAAUCACAGCACCCCUUAUCUAUGCUGUUUCCAUUGCUGCUAUUGGAUCUCUCCAGUUUGGGUACAACACUGGUGUCAUCAAUGCUCCUGGGAAGAUCAUCCAGAGUUUCUUCAACCGAACCCUGUCAGAACGGAGCGGGAGUGCUGUCUCCCCAGAGCUCCUUACUUCUUUGUGGUCCCUUUCUGUGGCCAUCUUCUCAGUAGGAGGAAUGAUGGGCUCCUUUUCAGUCAGCCUGUUUGUCAACAGAUUUGGCAGGAGGAACUCCAUGCUGCUGGUGAACAUCUUGGCCUUUGCUGGUGGUGCUCUCAUGGGCUUCUCUAGGCUGGCAAGCUCAGUGGAGAUGCUGAUUCUUGGCCGCUUCAUUAUUGGCAUCUUCUGUGGUCUCUCCACUGGUUUUGUGCCCAUGUACAUCAGUGAAGUCUCACCCACUAGUCUCCGUGGAGCCUUUGGCACCCUCAACCAACUGGGCAUUGUUGUGGGCAUCCUAGUGGCCCAGAUCUUUGGUCUGGAGGAAAUCAUGGGGUCUGAAAGACUUUGGCCACUGCUUUUGGGGUUCACAAUCCUUCCAGCAAUCCUACAGUGUGUGGCUCUCCUUUUCUGCCCUGAGAGCCCCCGUUUCCUCUUGAUCAACAAAAUGGAGGAAGAGAAAGCACAAGCAGUUCUCCAGAAGCUUCGUGGCACACAAGAUGUGUCUCAAGACAUCCAGGAAAUGAAAGAAGAGAGUGCUAAAAUGUCCCAAGAGAAGAAAGCCACUGUGCCAGAGCUCUUCCGUUCUCCAAACUACCGUCAAGCCAUUAUCGUUGCCAUCAUGCUGCAACUCUCCCAACAGCUCUCAGGCAUCAAUGCUGUAUUCUAUUAUUCUACAGGGAUUUUUGAACGAGCUGGUAUCACACAGCCAGUGUAUGCCACCAUUGGAGCUGGUGUGGUAAACACCAUCUUCACUGUUGUGUCGCUGUUCCUGGUGGAGCGUGCAGGGCGCAGGACCCUCCACUUAGUUGGUUUGGGUGGCAUGGCUGUGUGUGCUCUUCUUAUGACCAUCGCUUUAGCUCUGAAGGUGAACUGGAUCAAAUACAUCAGCAUUGUUGGCAUUUUUGGCUUUGUGGCUCUUUUUGAGAUUGGCCCUGGCCCCAUCCCCUGGUUCAUUGUGGCAGAACUCUUCAGCCAGGGCCCACGUCCUGCAGCCAUGGCAGUGGCUGGUUGUUCCAACUGGACCUCUAAUUUCUUGGUGGGAAUGCUGUUCCCCUAUGCAGAGAAACUAUGUGGCUCUUAUGUCUUCCUCAUCUUCUUCAUUUUCCUGGUCAUCUUCUUCGUCUUCACAUUCUUCAAAGUGCCUGAGACCAAAGGCAGGACUUUUGAAGACAUCUCCAGGGGCUUUGAAGGACGAGCAGGAGCCAGUUUACCAUCGCCUGUAGAGAAGAACCCCAUGGUGGAGCUGAACAGUGUACAACCUGACAAAGAAGCUGCCUAAGAUACCUCUUCUUUGACUCCUGCAUUAUUAAAGGGUCAUUAAAGGAAUGAGUAAAGAAAA